CCCGUUCACACUUAGCAGCGGGCGCUGGGCGCGUGUGAGAUGAGGCGGCCCGGGGCCGCCCGGCUCCCGCCUUGCGCUGAGCGGCCGGGGCUGUGAGCGGGAUCCCCGGGGGCCGCUUUCGGAGUCCGCCCCCCCCCCCCCGCAGGGACUCGAUGCCCAGGCGGGGAGCAUGGCAGGGAGGCGGCCGCUGGGCGCCCGCGCCCUCUCCCUGCUCCGGUGGCUGGGGAUGCUGCUGCUGCCGCUGCCGCCGCUGCUCCAGGCCGGGCAGGGCUGCCCGGGUCACUGCUACUGCUUCGCCACGCCGGAGCUGGACCAGUGCAGCUACGUGCGCCUGCAGGAGCCGCCGCGGGACCUGCCCCGCGGGGUGCGCAACCUCACCGUCGCGGGCGGCAACCUGACGGUGCUGCGCCGGGCGGCCUUCGCCGGCAACGGGAGCCGGCCGCUGGGCGACCUGAGCCGGCUGCUGCUGCCCCGCGACAACAUCCAGGCCAUCGAGGAUCGCGCCUUCCAGGGGCUGCCCGGGCUGGCGGCGCUGGACCUCAGCCACAACCCGCUGCGCGCCCUGGCCGGCGGCGCCUUCCGCGGCUGCCCGCGGCUGCGCACCCUCAAGCUCAACCAGGCGCUGCUGCUGCUGGGCGAGGAGCCGCUGGCCGGCGCCCUGCGCAACCUGAGCCUGCGGCGGCUGGAGCUGGCGGGCAACGGGCUGAGGGCGCUGCCGGGCGCCGCGCUGCCGGAGGGGCUGGAGGAGCUGGAUCUGCGGAACAACUCGCUGCAGGGGCUGAGCCCCGAGGAGCUGGCCCGGUUGGACUCGGCCCCGCUGGGCAGGCUCCAGCUCUACCUGGGCUCCAACCCGCUGCGCUGCGACUGCGCCCUGCGCCCGCUGCUGGGCUGGAUGCGCAACGCCAGUUGGAGGGUGGCGGACGCGCGCAGCCUGCGCUGCGCCGCCCCGCGGGAGCUGAGCGGUUCGCCUGUGCUGCGCCUCCGCCUGGAGCAGCUGGGCUGCGGGGCCGGGCGGGAGCCGCGCUCCGAGGAGGCCGGCGAGCAGAAGGAGCUGGAGACCGCCUCCUACGUGUUCUUCGGCAUCGUGCUGGCGCUGAUCGGGGUCAUCUUCCUCAUGGUGCUGUACCUCAACCGCAGGGGCAUCAAGCGCUGGCUCAACAACCUGCGGGAGGCCUGCCGGGACCAGAUGGAGGGCUACCACUACCGCUACGAGCAGGACACCGACCCGCGCCGGGCCAGCGCCAGCCCCUCAGGGCUCUGAGCCAGCGUGCGGGGGCCACCGCCAGGCCAGAGAGCCCUGCCCGCAUGCAGGGAUCCCAUCCGUCCAGACUCUGCCCCUGGCCCCCGGGGAUCCCACUCCUCCACCCAUAGCCCGUGGGGAUCCCACCCCAAGCCCCCGCUCCUGGCCCUUAGGGAUCCUUCCCCCAGUCCUUGGGGAUCCCACCCCUCCACCCACUACCCACAGCCCAUGGGGAUCCCACCCCAAGCCCCCACCCCUGGCCCUCGGGGAUCCUUCCCCCAGUCCUUGGGGAUCCCACCCCUCCACCCACAGCCCUUGGGGGUCCCACCCCUCCACCCACUACCCACAGCCCGUGGGGAUCCCACCCCAAGCCCCUACUCCUGGCCCUUAGGGAUCCUUCCCCCAGUCCUUGAGGUUCCCAUCCAUCUGUCUACUACCCACAGCCCUUGGGGGUCCCACCUCAUUGCCCAAGGAGUGUGUCCCACACACAUGAGUAGGGCUACCACUAUCCAGGAAAUCCCCACAUCCAUUCAUGGACUAGAGCAUACCCCCAUGCAGGAGAAUAUCUAUUCACCCACGGAUUAUCUCAUAAAACCUCACUCCACCAAUCCCACCCGCUCCCCAGAGGAACACCCUCCCCCCUACUGUUGCCCACCUACCCAUGGAACAACCCCCAGGAGAAUACACUUCACCAACCCCCAUCCUCUACCCAGGAAAUGCCUACCUUCCACCCACCCACCCACUACCUGGGAAUACUCCCCUCUCCCUUCAUGCCUGACGGGGGGCACUUCCAACCAGAGGGUACCCCACUCCCCAGGACAACACCACCUGUCCAGGGAACACCCAGCAAAACACCCCUCCCCCAACCCUCACCCCCAGGAGGACAGCUUUUUGCCAACCCACUCAAGAUAGCACAGGAUCCAUCCUCAAGACAGUAACGCCCCUCCCACAAAACUAAGAAAACUGCACAGGAUCCCCUCCACCCCCGCAGAUCACUGCACAGCAUCCAGUCCCCAGGAGAAUACAUCCCCCUCAAUGGUCCUGGGGAUUGUGAAUGAGAGAGCUACCUACCUUCAAAUGAAUAACCGGCAUUAGAGACCACACAGGAUCCAUCACACCCACCCUCCCACCAGUGUUCUAGGAGCACGUGAAUGUACAGGACUCUCCGCUCAGAAUACACCCACAGUUGGGAAUUCACUGCCUGCACCCUGAGAGGCCCUUCUCUCCCCACCCCAAUGGUCCAGGAAACACCCAGGUCCAUGCAGAAUUAACUCCCAUCCAGGACUAUGCAGGAACCACUCCCGAAGAACCCCUCCAGCCCAGAAUGCACGGGCGGGGGGGGAAUGAAUGUACAGGAACCCUUUUGAAUGAACACAUCCCUUUCAAAAGAAAGCCCUUCACUCCUCCAGGGUGUGUGACAGCACAUGUUCCGCUGCCCUAACAGAAGAAUCCUCUCCCCGUGUCCCAUAGGAUGCUCCUCCAAAACCAUUGUCAGUGUCCAGGGAAGAAUCCAUGGGCCUGACCCCAGCAAAAGACCCUCCCAUGCCCUGAAGGAGUUAUGAAUGCACAGAAGAGCUCCAUGCACAUGCAACUCCUAGUUACUCCAGGAGAUUCUUUUAAUUUUUCCUUUGUUUAAAAAAAAAACCUUCUGCAAGAAGCUAGAAUACAACUCCCUGUGAAUUUACUUUGUGCACAUGGACCGUGGGGUGAGUUUUUACUUAGUGAGUUGCUGAAAGCAACGGGCUAGACGGUGUUAAGCUUGUUUCCUGGAUUUUAUUGGAGCCUAGACUUUUACCCUGUACAGUUGUCUUUCCUAGUAUAUUUCUAACAAAUACAAAACUAACUUGAUUUUUUUUUUGCUCCAAACACAGAGGAAAAGAAAACAAAAAACCCACAAGAAGUUACAUGAUCUGCUGAGCCCAUUAAUUUAUUAUGGUUUUGUUCCACAAAAAUUAUGACUUCUCUCAGGCACAAAAUAAUGCACCUGCACAACAACAAAAACUUCCCUGCAGGCUGUAUGCAUGUUGCUAAAGCACAUGGAAGCAAGUCAUUUCCGACUGCAAAGUAUAAUCUAGAGUCAACUGUCUCAGCAACCUUCAUAACUGUUUAAAAAAAAAGGCUCUCAAUAUCUUGCACAGGUUUGCUUAGAUCUGCGCCUGCUAGUAUAUACUAGAGCAAAUAUGCUGAAAGCUGCAUCCGGUGUAUUGUAUGUUUUCUAUAAAGCUUAUUGCAAUAAUUUCUGAAUACUUCACGGCUGAAGCAAUGUUGUUGUUAUUAUCCAUGUUUUGCAGAGCAAGGCCGUUAGGUGCUAAGUAAUCUCUGUAAAUAGAUGGUUCCACAUAAACUUCUGUGCUGUUGCUAGUUCUGUGGCUAGAAAAGCAGAAUGGGUUUAAUGGUUAGUGCACAGCAUUUGGGUUCUGAUCAUUCUGACCCCAAACUUGCUGUGUGACCUAGGACAAAUGACUUAGACCAGCGGUUCUCAAACUGGGGGUUGGGACCCCAAAGUGGGUCGGGACCCUGUUUUAAUGGGGUCACCAGGGCUGGCGUUAGACUUGCUGGGGCCCAGGGCCAAAGCCGAAGCUCCACCACCUGGGGUCAAAGCCGAAGCCUGAGGGCUUCAGCCCUGGGUGGCGGGGCUCAGGGCAGAAGCCUUUGGCGUCAGUUUUGGCCCCACCAGGCUUUGGAAUUGGCCCAGGGCAGUGGGGCUCGGGUGGGUUCAGGCCUCAGUCCCCACUCCUGGGGUCGUGUAGUCAUGUUUGUUGUCAGCAAGGGGUCACCAUGCAAUGAAGUUUGAGAACCCCCAACUUAGACCUUAAUUUCCAAAGUGGCCAAUCAUUCUGGGUUCCUCCCUGCUCCGCUGCCUAAGUACAGCGACGUCUUUAGCCUGCCCCCAGCUCCAGGUGCGGGUAUCUCUGAAAAUCAAGCUGUAGCUUUCUCUGAAGUGGGGCUCCUUAAAAGGGAGGCACCCAACAUUAGCGGACCCAACUGACAAUUUUGGCCUUAACUUGGUCUGUGUUUGCCUCUCGGUCAUAUCAGCAUAACAACAUUUACAUACUUCACUGGAGUGUUGCGAGCCCUAAUAAAUUAAAGCCUGAUCACAACGGAGUCGACAGCAGUACUCCCGCUGACAUCCCCGGGCACAGGAUCUAGCCCUCGCUGUUUAUAGCGUGCUUUGAAAUGCUUGGAAGCAAGGCAAUAUAUAUUAUUAUUCUACUCUAAGGCAUUAGCACAUCCAGGUCCAAAAUCUGCAAGCUGCUCCAUGCGGGGCACCCCGGUGGCCCCAUGAGCCUCACUGAAAUCCCAGGGGGAAAUCUGCAUUGAGCAGCUCUCAGCAUAGGGAGCUAAGAGUCUCGCAGUCCUUGCUCAGGCAAAUCUCCCGCUGAUUGCAUUGAGUAAAGAGCCCAGGCUCCGUGUGAAAAGCACCCUGCAGACUUGGGCCGUGGAUCCAUGCCUAUUGAAUGCAAUGGCAAAAUCCCUGCCAGCUUCAAGGGCCUUCAUGCUCGUAAAUCAUACAGACGCUUUUGAAAAUUUCACCUGUAGGUGCCUAAAUAUGAACUUAGAAGCCCAACCUUCAGCUCCCAUUUCUAGAAGUGUCAGCCUCUCUCUGUGUUUCAUAAAUGGGGCUUUCUCACCGAGCAGCUCAGAAGCCUAAGAUUAAUACUUUGACAAAAUAUGUCUCCAAGUUUAUGCAGCUUCUUCAUUGCACGUGGCUUUGUCAGUUUGUGAUACGGUUUAAUCUAAUUAUGCCUGACCUGUCUGCCAGUAACUUUUUGAACAUAUUCAAUAAAUAAAGAAGGCAGAACGUUCGUGGAGCAAAGGGCUCUUGCUUCAUGAAGCCGGAGAUCUGAGAUGCAAAGUCUCUAUUUUCUAA